AUGAGGAAAUUUAACAUCAGGAAGGUGCUGGACGGCCUGACAGCGGUCUCCGCUGUCGCCUCGGCGUCGUCCGCCGCGCAACAGCAGCAGGCGGGGAACCGGGAGACUGAAAUCCAGGAGACGCUCCAGUCCGAGCACUUCCAGCUCUGCAAGACUGUACGCCAUGGUUUCCCCUAUCAACCUUCAGCUUUGGCGUUUGAUCCUGUUCAGAAAAUACUGGCCAUUGGGACUCAGACUGGUGCACUAAGGCUCUUUGGUCGGCCAGGAGUUGAAUGUUACUGCCAACAUGAGAGUGGAGCUGCAGUAAUUCAGCUUCAGUUCCUGAUUAAUGAGGGAGCUCUUGUGAGUGCCUUGGCUGAUGAUACCUUACACCUGUGGAACUUACGUCAGAAGAGACCUGCUAUACUUCAUUCACUCAAAUUUAACCGAGAACGGAUAACGUUUUGUCAUCUGCCUUUCCAAAGUAAAUGGCUCUACGUGGGAACUGAAAGAGGAAACAUUCACAUUGUCAAUGUGGAGUCAUUUACUCUCUCAGGCUAUGUCAUCAUGUGGAAUAAAGCCAUUGAACUGUCAUCCAAAUCUCACCCAGGACCUAUCGUCCACAUUAGUGACAAUCCAAUGGAUGAAGGAAAGCUUCUGAUUGGCUUUGAGUCUGGAAUAGUGGUGUUAUGGGAUCUGAAGUCAAAGAAGGCAGAUUACAGAUACACACAUGAUGAGGCUAUCCACUCCGUGGCUUGGCAUCAUGAAGGAAAACAAUUUGUUUGUAGUCACUCAGAUGGCACCUUGACCAUAUGGAAUGUAAAAUCUCCUACCAAACCAUUCCAGACUAUCACUCCACAUGGAAAGCAGUUGAAGGAUGGAAAGAAGCCAGAACCCUGCAAACCUAUUCUUAAGGUGGAAUAUAAAACAACUAGAGCUGGAGAGCCUUUCAUCAUUCUCUCGGGAGGUUUGUCCUAUGACACUGUAGGAAGAAGGCCGUGUUUAACAGUUAUGCAUGGGAAAAGUACUGCGGUGCUAGAAAUGGACUAUUCAAUAGUUGAUUUUCUAACCCUCUGUGAAACACCAUAUCCUAAUGACUUCCAAGAACCAUAUGCUGUAGUUGUUCUCCUAGAAAAGGAUUUAGUACUGAUUGACCUUGCACAAAAUGGGUACCCUAUAUUUGAGAAUCCCUAUCCUUUGACUAUACAUGAAUCUCCAGUUACCUGUUGUGAAUAUUUUGCUGAUUGUCCUGUGGACCUCAUACCUGCACUCUAUUCAGUUGGCGCUCGACAGAAACGUCAAGGUUACAGUAAGAAGGAAUGGCCUAUCAGUGGAGGCAACUGGGGUUUGAUCACUCAGAGUUAUCCAGAGAUAAUUAUUACAGGGCAUGCUGAUGGGUCAAUCAAGUUUUGGGAUGCCUCAGCAAUAACGCUGCAAGUACUCUACAAGCUAAAAACAGCCAAAGUAUUUGAAAAAGCACGGAAUAAAGAUGACAGACCAAACACAGAUAUAGUAGAUGAAGAUCCCUAUGCUAUUCAGAUCAUUUCAUGGUGUCCAGAAAGUAGAAUGCUGUGUAUAGCGGGAGUUUCUGCACAUGUGAUUAUUUACAGGUUCAGCAAGCAGGAGGUGACAACAGAAGUCAUUCCGAUGCUGGAAGUACGUCUGUUGUAUGAAAUAAACGAUGUUGAAUCUCCAGAUGGGGAACAGGUGCCACCUUUACCAACUCCAGGCACAGGUUCCAAUCCUCAAUCCAUUGUUCCUCAGUCUCAUCCAUCUACUAGUAGCAGUUCAUCUGAUGGACUUCGUGAUAAUGUCCCAUGUUUAAAAGUUAAAAAUUCUCCUCUCAAGCAGUCUCCAGGCUACCAAAUUGAGCUAGUUAUCCAGCUAGUGUGGGUGAGUGGAGAACCACCUCAGCAGAUAACUAGCUUGGCAGUCAACUCAGCAUAUGGCCUAGUAGUUUUUGGAAACUGUAAUGGUAUUGCCAUGGUUGAUUACCUCCAGAAGACAGUGCUCUUGAAUCUAGGCACUAUUGAACUGUAUGGCUCCAAUGACCCUUAUCGCAGGGAGCCACGAUCUCCCCGAAAAACUCGACAACCAUCUGGAGCAGGUCUUUGUGACAUUAACGAAGGUACAGUGGUGCCAGAAGACCGCUGCAAAUCACCUACUUCAGGUUCUGGUUCACCAAACAAUUCUGAUGAUGAUCAAAAAAUGAAUAAUUUUAUAGAAAAGGUGAAGACCACAAGCAGAAAAUUUUCCAAGAUGGUAGCCAAUGACCUAGCAAAGAUGUCCAGGAAGCUAAGUUUGCCAACUGAGUUAAAGCCUGAUUUAGAUGUGAAAGACAACUCUUUCAGUCGGUCCCGGAGUUCUAGUGUAACUAGCAUUGACAAAGAGUCACGUGAGGCCAUUUCAGCUCUUCAUUUCUGUGAGACUUUCACAAGAAAGGCUGAUACGUCACCUUCCCCGUGCCUGUGGGUUGGGACCACACUGGGUACAGUGCUUGUCAUUGUACUGAAUUUACCCCCAGGAGGAGAGCAGAGACUUCUUCAGCCAGUAAUUGUUUCUCCUAGUGGAACAAUCCUAAGGCUAAAAGGGGCAAUCUUGAGAAUGGCUUUUCUGGAUACUACAGGGUCUUUGGUCCCACCAGCACAUGAACCCUGGAGAGAACACAAUGUUCCUGAAGAUAAAGAUGAAAAAGAUAAGUCAAAAAAGCGAAGACCUGUCUCAGUGUCCCCCUCUUCUUCUCAGGAAAUCAGUGAAAACCAGUAUGCAGUGAUAUGUUCAGAAAAGCAAGCAAAAGUUAUCUCACUGCCAUCCCAGAACUGUAUUUAUAAGCAAAACAUAACAGAGACUUCUUUUGUUCUUCGUGGAGACAUAGUGUCAUUGAGUAACAGUAUCUGCCUUGCAUGUUUCUGUGCCAACGGACAUAUUAUGACCUUUAGUUUGCCAAGUUUAAGGCCAUUGUUGGAUGUGUAUUACCUGCCACUGACCAAUAUGCGGAUAGCCAGAACAUUCUGCUUCACCAAUAACGGACAAGCACUCUAUCUUGUCUCACCAACUGAAAUACAGAGGCUCACUUACAGUCAAGAAACAUGUGAAAAUCUUCAGGAAAUGUUGGGUGAGCUCUUCACUCCUGUAGAAACACCAGAAGCACCGAACAGGGGAUUCUUUAAAGGCCUGUUUGGAGGUGGGGCACAAUCACUUGACAGAGAAGAACUCUUUGGGGAAUCAGCAUCUGGGAAGGCAUCAAGGAGUCUUGCUCAGCAUAUUCCAGGUCCUGGGGGUAUUGAAGGUGUCAAAGGAGCAGCAUCUGGUGUAGUUGGUGAACUAGCACGAGCCCGGUUGGCACUAGAUGAAAGAGGACAGAAACUAGGAGAACUGGAAGAAAAAACUGCAGCUAUGCUUUACAGUGCUGACUCUUUCUCUAAACAUGCUCAUGAGAUGAUGCUGAAGUACAAAGACAAGAAGUGGUACCAAUUCUGAUGCCGCUCAUCAACUACAUCUGUUUUAAUUUUGUCCUGAUGAAAAAUCUUUUUCAUUAAUUUU